AUCCAUCCUUCCAUUCAUUACUCUAUCCAUCCUUUCAUCCAUUACUCUAUCCAUCCUUUCAUCCAUUACUCUAUCCAUCCUUUAAUCAUUACUCUUAUAUUAUAUAUAGUGAUAGUAUAUAGUAUUAUAGUAAUAUAUAGUGUAGUAUUGUAUUAUAGUAUAUUAUAUGUGAUAGUAAUAUGCAAGGCAGCUUUACAUGAGACAUGA